GGAAGGAGGAGGGAGCCCUUUGGGCGGUAAAAUGGCGCCUGUCAGAAUGGGAACCCCAGCUGCAGAGGCUGCAGCCCCGCUCCCCCGAGGCUAAGGCACCCCCGGUCUCGGGGAGGGGGAGGCCGCUCCGGUCCCGGCAUCCGCGCCCUUCGGCUCCCCCUCCCCCCUGCUCUCAGCCGGCCCUUUCUUCGCUGUCAGCUCGCUGCUGCCCCCGCCCGCCCCUUUCCCGCGGGUAGCCCCUCGGCGCGCCUGCGCAGCGGGCCACUCUCUGCUUACCCCUUCCCCUCCCCCUUCUUUCUCCCUCCCUUCUCCCCAGCCCCCUCCCCUCAUGCCCCCUCCCCCAGUUCUCCAUCCCCUUCUCUCCUGGUCUCCGAGGGCCCCGUCUUAGCCCGACCUGUCUCGGCCCGAAACCUCCGCGAAGCCGUCGGUGCCCCUCCCCGCCCAUGUGGGCCCCCGCGGGCAGCCCACGCCUGUCCCCCCGCUCUCCGUUACGCUGGGCUUUCCCCUCGCUGGGGGUGGCUCUCUGAGCCGCCCGCUCGUGCCCCUCUCUGCACCCUCCUCCGGCCACUCGGGGCCCCCGUCCCCCCUCCCGUCGGCGGGGGGCUGCCCCCGGUGGGCUGGCGGAGCUGGGCCGCGGGGGCCCCGGGGCCGGCGGUGCCGGGGUCAUCGGGAUGAUGCGGACACAGUGUCUGCUGGGGCUGCGAACGUUCGUGGCCUUCGCCGCCAAGCUCUGGAGCUUCUUCAUAUACCUUUUGCGGAGGCAGAUCCGCACGGUAAUUCAGUAUCAAACUGUUCGAUAUGAUAUCCUUCCUUUAUCUCCCGUGUCCCGGAAUCGGCUCGGACAGGUGAAGAGGAAGAUCCUGGUGCUGGAUCUGGAUGAGACGCUUAUUCACUCACAUCACGAUGGGGUCCUGAGGCCCACAGUUCGACCGGGAACACCUCCUGACUUCAUCCUCAAGGUGGUAAUAGAUAAACAUCCCGUCCGGUUUUUUGUACAUAAGAGGCCUCAUGUGGAUUUCUUCUUAGAAGUGGUGAGCCAGUGGUAUGAGCUGGUGGUGUUUACAGCAAGCAUGGAGAUCUAUGGCUCUGCUGUAGCAGAUAAACUGGACAAUAGCAGAAGCAUUCUUAAGAGGAGAUACUACAGACAGCACUGCACUUUGGAAUUGGGCAGCUACAUCAAGGACCUCUCUGUAGUCCACAGUGACCUCUCCAGCAUUGUGAUUCUGGAUAACUCCCCAGGGGCUUACAGAAGCCAUCCAGACAAUGCCAUCCCCAUCAAAUCCUGGUUCAGUGACCCCAGUGACACCGCCCUUCUCAACCUGCUUCCAAUGCUGGAUGCCCUCAGGUUCACCGCUGAUGUUCGUUCUGUGCUGAGCCGAAACCUUCACCAACAUAGGCUCUGGUGACAGCUGCUCCCCCUCCACCUGAGUUGGGGUGGGGGGGAAAAGGAGGGUGAGCCGUCUGAUGCCCUGUCCAGUGAUGAGGACUGCCUGGGCAGGGUCUGCCCCUCCCACCCAUCUGAUGCCCUGUCCAGUGAUGAGGACUGCCUGGGCAGGGUCUGCCCCUCCUGCCCCUCUCUGCCCUGGGAGCCCUGCACUCCACUUGGAGUCUGGAUGGACACAUGGGCCAGACUCUGAAGCAGCCUCAUUCUAACUUCAUGUUCGCACUCACUGGAAAGCCCAGACUGGGACAUAAGCGGAGGCCUAGGAGAGCCGAAACUGUCUAUGGUGAAGAGACAGGACUGGCUAGAGUGAGAAUUCGCUAAUCCAGGAGGCUCAAAACAGAAGCCAAGCCAGCUUUGUUGUGAUUUGAUUUUUUAAAAACUCUUGUACAAAACUGAUCUAAUUCUUCACUCCAAGGGCUGGGCCGAGGGUGGGAAACUGGGAUUUUGGGCCACUGGAUUUUCCCCCAACUUGUCCUCUUACUCCCCCACCUUCUUUCUAUAUCCCCUCAGACCUGUAACCAGCUUUCUCGCUCUUUUUUUCCCCCUUUCCUCUUUUAAACCAUGCAUUAAUAACUUUGAAACCAAA